GCAGCCAACUGGGGGCAACCCAGCCCGAUACAGCAUGUGAGAGCCCUCCUGAGCCCAUCAGUUACACCAGAUGCAACUGCUGUAAGGAAGUAGAAGAAACAUUUUCUGAAACUGGGAAGCUUUUUUAGCGGACGAUGGAGAACCCACUUCUUUUAUUCCCCCAACUAAACAUUUCUGCUUCAAAGGAUAAAUCCUAUUACAAAGUCAUGAAAUCAACAAUUAAAGAAGAGCCACAUAAAGCAAGCAAGGCUGGAGCUAAGCAGAAGAGAAAUAGGCUGAGCCUUCUGCUGCAGAAAUCUGAAUUCCACGAAGGUGAUCAUCUUGGUAAACCUGGAAACUUGACAAAAGCAGCAAGCAGUGUGUCUCCUGAAGAAGCAGAGAAAUGGGGAGAAUCUUUUGACAAACUGCUUUCUGAGAAAGCUGGAUUGGAUGCCUUUACGAAGUUUCUGAAAACUGAGUUCAGUGAGGAGAACAUCGAGUUCUGGAUAGCUUGCGAGGAUUACAAGAAAAGCAAAACUGCACAUGAACUUUUGCCAAAAGCUAAGACCAUUUAUGAAACUUUCAUACAGAAAGAUGCUCCAAAAGAGGUGAAUUUGGACUUUCAAACCAAAGAAGUCACAAGUCAGAAUAUUGAACAGCCCAUCAUCACCACCUUUGAUGCAGCACAAAACACAGUCUACAGGCUGAUGGAGCAAGACAGCUACCCACGCUUCCUAAGAUCUGAUCCUUAUUUAAAUUUGGUUAAGGGGAGAAAUCCCAGUCGUCCUACCCUUAGGAGACGAUCACGGUCUUUCACUGUCAAUGAUUUCCAGGGUGUACGACCGGACUUUACAGUUUGGUAACAGGGACACUUAACCCUCAUAAAUUCUAGCUACUGCAGCAACUCAUAUGUGUUUUAAAAUCCAAAUCCUUAGCAGGUGUAAAUGAGUGGAAAGCAAAGUUACAUGCACUCAUACCAGAUCAGAGUUCUGUAGCCGGUGAUUAAUCUUAUUUAUUAUAGAGAAGUAGGCAACAUAUUGGCAAGACGUAUCACGUAAAGUUUUCAUACAGUAUUUUUUUUAAACUCAAGCAAGACCUGUAAUCGUAUCUGGAGGAAAAAUUUGAGUUUCCUGCAUAAAAAUGUUGUAUAAAAUGCCAUUUGAUAAUAUCCACCAAGUAUCCUGGGCCUGUAUUAUUUAGGACAGAUUUUCAUCACAGUUAGAAUCUCUAUAGCUAGCCUUUGCACAUAUUUAUGUUUCUGCAAUAUUUCCUACACUAAGCACAGAGUAUUUGUGGUAUUUUCUCAUACUGCAAAACACAUAGGAACAUUGUUAGGUAUAAUGUAAAGUUACAUGGAUUUGAACUACAGCCACUGCAUAAUUAAAAUUUAGCUAUUGCGUAUUUUAAGAGGAAGAUAAGAAUACCUAUUUAAUUUUGGGGGGUACAUUUUGUGCUGUUUUCUUAUUACAUGUGUCUGUUCUCUGUAUUUAAGCUAUGCUGUAUAGAUUAGCUUUGCCAUCAAAUACUUGUAUUCUAAUUUUUUUGCAACCAAAUGAGCAGCAACAAAGGGCCAAGAAUACUGUUUUAACACAAUGUGUGUCAUUAAAUAUCAGGUCAUGUGUAUGUAUAUAUAUAUAUAUAAAAAAUAUUUCUACUUUUAUUUGUAAAUAUUCAUGGUAUACCAACUUUAUUACUAAACUUUGUUCUAAAUUUUUUCUGCCUCUUAUUUUGAAAAAGAAUCUGAAAAUUAACAGCUCUUGGACUCAGGUAGAAUAACCUUCAGUUCUACUGGUCAUUAAUAUACUCUCUAUGGUUAUAGAGGAGGAAGGGGAAAUCUCCCCUUUUAUUUCUUUACUAUUGAAGUCAUGCAUAUCCUUUUCAUAGUCAGUAUACACAGCUAUCCUGUCCUUUUCUUUCAGAAUUGAUGCAGAUGUACCUUGAAGCAUGGGGCAAUUCUUAAAAUCUUAAACAUUGGUUCAGUUUAGCAAGUGGCUGCAGGAUUUAGUUGUAACUAUGACUUGUAUAUUCAGUCGCUUUGGAUGGAAUUUAAACUUUCUCCCCUUUCUUCCCCUUUCUGUAAGUGGUCAAAGUGAAGAGGUGCAGUUCUUGAGGAUGGGACUUUGUGUUCAUUACUAGUCCAGAGUGUAUAUGAACUGCUUGAUCGAGGGUUUCCGUGUCUGCUUUACUAACUUUCAAUAAAUCUGAACU